GCAAUGGUGAAUUGAAUUUCAGGGUAAAGAUCAAAAUGGAGACAAGAAAGAGAUUUUCGUACGGGAAGAUUUACGUAGCAUAUGGUUUUCUUAUGAGCCUCAUUGGCAAUGGGAAUUUUGCUACUGCUCUUUCAAUCACUGUGACAGACUUGGAAUGUGUCUCGGAGCAAGUUUUGUACGAGGGAGAUACCGUCUCCGGAAACUUUGUUGCUAUCGACCAUGACAUCUUCUGGAGCUCCGAUCAUCCCGGUAUCGAUUUCACCGCGAUGACUCCAAGAGGUACCAUAGUGUUCUCUCUAAAAGGAACAUCAGGGGAUAAGUUUGAGUUCAAGGCGCCGCAGAGUGGAAUCUACAAGUUCUGUUUUCGCAAUCCGGUUUCAACUCCGGAGACUGUAUCUUUCUACAUUCAUGUUGGCCACAUCCCAAAUGAACAUGACUUGGCUAGAGACGAACAUAUAGACCCUCUUAAUAUUAAGAUUGCUGAGCUGAGGGAGGCAUUGGAGUCUAUAACAACAGAGCAAAAGUACCUUAAAGCACGAGAUGCCAGGCAUAGAUAUACAAAUGUUAGCACGAAAAAACGUGUGAUCUACUUCACACUUGCAGAGUACAUUGUGUUUGCUGCUGCAAGUGCUCUUCAAGUGGUGUACAUCCGCAAUCUGUUCAGCAAGACGGUUGGCUACAACAGAGUUUAAGCUUCCUCAUUUUCCUUGAUUAAUUUAUUUUUCUUCUUAUAAAUUCAUAAUAACUAUCUUGUUCUCUCUUUUUCUCGGUAAAUUUUGAAACUUCAGCUAAAUAAGGCAAACUUUACUAGCACAUUUCAAACACUUCAAUACACAAAUUUUCCUUUC